UAAUCACCGACGGGGAUUGACGCUUGGAUAGGAUAAUUGAGCCAUAGCUUGUAAUAACGUCGAGAGAGCGUUACUAUCCCUCACUCUUAGAGUUAUGUCGAGAUGUAUGAACUUCUUUGAGGCGAUGACUCUUGCGGAUUUCAAUGCCUGUGUUCAUCCUCUGCUUGUCCUCACUCCUUGACAGCCUAAGAGUCAUAGUAGAGAGCUUUAUCAUAUCGUUUCUUCACAGUCAGUAUACAGUUAGUCAUCUACUAUGCGUCUUCCCUUUCAGUCUUCAUCUUCGUCGAGGCCAUCUACCCUCUUCGAUUCUUCAUUCACUUUUCCUGCAAGCUAUCGGCUCUCUACUCACAGAAUGGGGUGGGCUGAUGGAGUCUCAAGGCUUGAUAAAAAAGAGCGCUUAAAGCAGCUGGACACCAUGCACCGUAUAGUGGUCGAGCCAUACCACUCCUCGGUCAUCCACAGCCAUCUUUCCAUGGUCCACUCCUCUGGUAGGCGUAGCGCAGUUCUUGACGUGGGUACUGUGAGCAUCUUUAAACAUCAAGUUUAUCCUUUUCUUUCACUUCACCCUGACCCUCGGUUUCGCGGACAGGGCAGUGGUCAAUGGGCUGCACUUUUAGCCAAUGCUGAACCAUUUGCCGAUGUUGUGACUCUCGCGCCAGACUGGAAGUCAUAUACUGGAGAAAGAAUUCACCAUGGCAACCUGGACUUCUCUUCUGCAGACAUUGCCCGUCCUCUGCCGUGGCCUUCGAGCUCAUUUGACGUUAUCCAAGUAAAAGGUCUGGCUAGAACGUACAAAAGCUACGGCAUUUUUCUUGAGCGCCUUGCAAGACUGCUUCGUCAUGGCGGUCUACUUGUAAUCGUUGAGCAUUGUCUGGGAUAUGAAUCAUCGUCUAGUCAAAAUCUGCCCCCUUGUCUACUCCAGUGGAAUGCUUCUAUCGAGAAGGCACUAGCCGCUAAUGGCAUUGAUUCAAUGAUGGCUGCUAGGCUCAGUGAGUGUGUGAGAUCGGCAGGGGUCUUUGGUCUCUCUGCAUAUGUCCAGGACAUCGGGGUACCAGUAGCCUGCUACAUGCCAGAGAACUCCCCUACCUUGGCACAGGCUGGCUCUCUACAUUCUCGAAUUAUUUCUUCGGAACUCCGUUCAUUUCUACCUGAAUUAGUUGCUUAUGGAUAUCGUCUUACAGAUCUUGAAGGCAUGAUCGAGGGCUGUCUCGAUGAGCUUUUAAAUCCGUACUCAAGGUACUUACAACGCCUUGUGGCUCUAUACGCCGUUAAACAAUAGUCAAACGACUUCGCUCCCUAUUCUGCUUCUCACAUCUCGUCGUCUUCGCACAUCUGUUCUGAGCAGCUAAAAUAGGAUAUGGCAUAGAAAGGUCUUCCUAUCUGAUUACGGCUGCCCGGAAAAAGCCAAAGCACAAGCAUUGUUGUAAUUUAUCAUCUGUACUUAUCGGCACAAUUGCUUAUUUCUCGCAUACCAGCAUACUUGGGCAUCCUCUCAUUAGUACAUUUCCUCCUAAGAUCCGGAAUUAAACCACAGCUCUCACAUUUAGUAUAUGAUCUCCUCACACGCUUAAAAUUUGAGGCAUCAGCAUGCGAACUUGCCAGAAGCCCAUUUACUACACGAAGAGUGGAAAGACAAGAGUAACCUUUUAC